AUCCUGACCGUCGGAUCAUGGCACAGGGCACUCUAGCGAUUCUCGAACCGAACAGACCGGGCUUCGCCGUGAGCUGCCCUUCCCCUCCGCUUCGAGGCCCCGAAGACGGCGGCGGCAGCAGCAGCAGUGAAGGAGAGGGCGAAAGAUGGCCUUUGUCAAAACUCAGAAGACCAAGGCUUACUUUAAGCGCUUUCAAGUCAAGUACAAGAGAAGGAGAGAGGGCAAGACUGAUUACCGUGCACGGAUCAGGCUGAUUAACCAGGACAAGAACAAACCAACAAGGAUAUUGCUGCACAAAUUAUAUCUGCAAGCAUUGCUGGUGAUCUAGUCCUUGCAUCUGCUUACUCUCAUGAACUUCCAUGCUACGGACUCGAAGUUGGUCUUACCAACUAUGCUGCAGGCUACUGGAGAGGACUUCUCUGUUGAACCUGCUGAGAGCAGGAGGCCUUUCCGUGCUCUUCUUGAUGUUGGCCUUGUGAGGACAACAACUGGCAACCGAGUUUUUGGUGCUCUUAAAGGUGCAUUAGAUGGUGGACUUGAUAUCCCUCGUAGUGACAAGAGGUUUGCUGGUUUUAAGAAGGAUGAGAAACAACUUGAUGCAGAAGUUCACAGGAAUUACAUCUUUGGAGGUCAUGUUGCAUCUUACGUGAAGAAGAUAUUAGGAAGGUCCCUGACCUUGAUGGAGGAUGAGCCAAAAAAGUAUCAGGCGCACUUCAGUGAAUAUAUCAAGAGAGGAAUUGAGCCUGAUGACAUGGAAGAGAUGUACAAAAAAGUUCAUGCUGCCAUCCAUGCAGAUCCAACCACAAUAAAAUCCACAAAGCAACCACCCAAGGAGCACAGGAGAUUUAACUUGAAGAAGCUUACAUACGAGGAAAGGAAAGCCAAACUCAUCGAACGACUGAAUGCCCUUAAUGCAUCUGCUGAUGCCAACGAAGACGAAGACGACGAGUGA